ACUCUUUCCCCUUCGCUGUCUCUGGGUGAAUUCUUCCUCUCCCUCCCUGCUGCACUUCCCUCUUUGUCCUCUGCCUUCUGCUCUCGAUCCUCACCCUUCUUCGUCUGCUCUGUUCUCCCUCUCGAUCCUCUGCAGCGCGGCCAGAGAAAUGGGGUACCUGCAUGCAGAAGCAGAGACGCUGUCUCGCUCGCCAGGGAAGAAGCGCGAACGAGAAGCCGGCGAACUCGGGAGCGAACCGCCGUGUGAAACUCCGCGAGGAAACUUGGUUGGAGCGCCUGAGCGACCUUCAAGGCAGCGGAACUCGAAGAAGGCCAAGUCGGUCGAGACGCGAAAGACGCCGAUUGUUCGUGCUUCGCUCUCGCUUCCUGACUGGGAAGACGAGGAGGACCUGGAAGAAGAACCUCCUCGUGCUCCACACUGCGCAAAGGGAGGAAACGCCCUUGUGUACAGCCACCGCAGCUCGCGUCUGUCGCUCGGCGCCGACGGAGACGAAGCCGGGGCCGACGACGCCUUGCUGCCGAGUGGAGCUUCUCAAACUUUGCUCUCUCCGCGGCUGCAUGCACGUCGGCACCUGCCCGGAGAAAUCCGCUCGCGAGCGAGGGACAGAGAGAAUCACGCAUGCAGAGAAACUGCUUCGGACGUCUCUGUGCUCUCCGGCACCACUCGCGAAGAGAGAAGACAUGGAUCGACUGCCUCGCAUGCGCGCUCUGGAGAAACCUCCGUCAAGGCAGAGACCCCGUCGACCAGACUCGAGGUUUUCUGGAAAGAUCCUGCGAACCGCCGCAUUUUGCGGGGCCUCGCGGCCGUGCUGAACGUGGAGAGCGAGAAGUCGAAUAAGAGAAGCGAGAAGCGCCCUCCUGGAGCGCGUGAGAAGAAGGGAAGAGCAGGCGCGUUUUGCUCUGUCGAAGAGGAAAGAGACGAUCAGGCAAGAAAACUGACAGAAUGGAUGAGCAGACAAAUCGACUGUAGACGACGGUCUCGUCCCUCUCUCUCGAAAGAGCGCCUUUCCCGCCAGAAGCAGAGACGAUGA